UCACAGGUAGGUACCGUCCUUUUUUCCGCAUGCGGCAACACACGUUUCUCAUUAGAGAAAACGUUUCCUUGUUGAAAGUACAGAAGAAAACAUGGGGAAGAUCGAGUGGGCUAUGUGGGCCAAUGAGCAGGCUCUGGCUGCUGGACUCAUUCUCCUCACUGGAGGCAUUGUGGGGGUGGCAGGACUGUUCAGGGGGUGGCAGUUUGCAGCUUAUGCUGUUGCUGCUGGUGUGUUUGUGUGUCUGCUUGAGUACCCAAGAAGCAGGAGGGCCAAAGGCACUGGUGUGGAACGAAAGGGCCAGUACUGUUUCACUGUGUGUGUGAAAGCAUUUGGGCCUCUGACAAGGAACUACUACGUCAGAGCCUUUCUACAUGCUGCGCUGUGUGUUCCGGCUGGGUUUAUGCUCGCUACCGUCCUAGGAUGUGUCUGCCUCGGUAUCGCCAGCCUCAUCUACCUUUCAGCGGCCAUCCACGGUGAGCACUGGGAGCCCAUUCUCCCAAGGAAAGAAGUCAGGAGGCCAGCUCCAAGCAUUAAGAAUCCCCCUCAGAAUCCUCCACCAAGACCUCCACCAGAGAUGCGCAGGAAGAAUUUUGAUGACCUGGACGACGCCUCUUAUGACAACCCCAUGUCUGUCAUUGAUGAGAAGUAACAUGACCUGUUUGGCUAGUCUCCAUUCUGUGGUUUUGCUCAAUUGCAGAGGUUUAAUGAACUUUGUGCCUUUAACACCUUAGUGUUGCUGUGUAGAGCAACAUUUGUAUUACUUGAAUGCAUUGUUUUAUUUGUAGGGGGAAAUAUGUCACAAUACAUACUGUACAUUGCAGCUGCUUAGUGGCAAUCACAUACAAUGAAUAUAAAUUUUUAUGUGUAUUUACGCCUGUGAUCAAAGUCUCAUGCUGCAUCUGCCGUAUCCGUUCGCUGUAAUGCAUCUGCACACGCCAUUACACACAGUCUUAGCUUUGUUAAUUGACCUUUGGUUUCAUUUGCCUGUUACUUUAUAGGUCAUUUUAUAAAAAAUUAUGUUUAUAUUUUUUUCUCCUUAAUGUAAAUAAAUUAUCUUUGUCCGGUCUGCA